AUGGCCACAAAACCUAGAGUUAACGUGGUAGGAGGCUACUUCAUGGGCGAAGAUGUCUCCCUAUUCGAUGCCGGGGUUUUCAACCUGGCUUCUAGUGUUGCCAGUGUAAAAGAUAUCUCAAAAUCCAAGAUAAAAAAGCUUGGAAAAUCCGUGUUUCUGGCUGAGUUUCAUAGGGCCUGGACCCUCAAUGCAGACUGCUUCUUAAGACAGUGUACGAAACAACCGAAGAUGGUCAGGCAUCAAACCACGGCCAUGACCAGCGAUUCCAGCGGCGAGAUCAGCGCCGUCUAUGCCGUUGGGUUGCUGUCCUUCAGAGAAGCGCUCGGUGUUGCCUACUACCGCGGUGAACUUGCCCGCAAAGGCCUCUCUGAGAAGUACAUUGCCGAUCCUACAAAUGACGGUCAUAUAGUAGUGGCAUGCAUCAACAGCCCCAAGAGCGUCACAUUCUCUAGGAACUUGGAAGCUCUUGAUGAGCUCGCCGCAAAAUUGGAAGAAGACGGCAUUUUUGCUCGAAAGCUGAAGGUUUCGAUGGCGUAUCAUUCUCGCCACACGGCACCGAUGGCACAAGAAUACGCUGACAGACUCCACGCCAUCCUUACGCCCAGCCCUAUAUUUAAUUGUAGAAGCAUCAAUAGAAUUAAAAUAUAA